AUAAAACCAGCUCAGUCGUAAGCGUUGCAUGAUAAGGAGCGCGUCUUUCUUUUUCCUUUCUUUUUUCUUUUUUUUUUUUUCGCUCCCCCGGACUUUUGUAAGAAGCCAAGCCUUUAUAGGAGAGCAUUCGGCAUCAUCAGCUGUUCGAGGUUGGACUCUCAUUGCUGGAAGUCGGAGCUGAAGGAGUCACAUGACAGAACUGGAGGCAGGGAGCUAGAGAGAGGAAAAGGCUCAGCAUUCCGCCUCGCACCGCCAUACUGUAGCCUCUUUUGAGCCAUUUCACAUUUUUAUUGCAACAUUUUACUCCCGCUCGGUGAGUACACUUCCACUGGCUAUUUUUUUUUUUUCUGUUUUUCUAAACAAACAUUUUUUUUUGGUCUUCUAAAUUCACCCCCUUCUUUUUCUUUUUUCCUUUUUUUUCUGGGUUGUUUUUCCUCCUUUUGCUGGUGUUUGAAUUGAGCAUUUGCGGUGCUGGUUUUAAGCGUUUUUUCACUCCCCCUCCCCUCUACAGUCAGUCCAUCCAGGCUUCAAGUUUCCAGCAUGCGGUGAUUCAGAUCGAGAGGGUAUGAAUUGAAAAAAAAAGAAAAGAAAGAAAACGAGUGCGGUAUCGGUCUCUGAGAAAGCCUCUCACUUUGCUUGCAGUUUUGCAGAAACCGAGCAGAUUUUAUCAGAGAUUUUUCUUUUUCCUGCGCAUUUACUGGUGGGUUUUGGGACAUUUUUUUUUUUUUAUUAUUUUGAUAAUUUUUUGUUGUUUUCUGUCGACUUUUGCUGUUGCUGUGGCUUUGGUUUGCAUUUUGGCAGUGUGGUUUGUGAUUUUGAUGAAUCUCAUCGGUGAAACCUCUCGCUUUUACUUUGUUGCUCUUUUCUUUAUCUUUUACAAAAAAAAAGAAACAAGGGAAUCCUUUUUAAAUCCCCUCUCUGACGUUUUAACCUGACACUUUUCUUGCAGCUGAGCUCACAGGUUUGUGCUUUUUUGUUUUAUCUCUUUUUUUCCCUCCUAUCUCCUGUUGUACUCUUGCAGAUGGCAGUGUCAAGUAUUUUUGGAUGUAAUUUUUUCUUACUAGAUUCUUGGGAGAGUUCAAUGCGUUUUUCUUGUUUUCUAUUUCAACGAGGAUGAACAGACAUUUUCCCGCUUGCAGGAGGGCAACUGGAGGAGAAUGACUGGUAAAACCCAGACCAGCAACGUCACCAAUAAGAAUGAUCCUCGUUCCCUCAACUCCAGAGUCUUCAUCGGGAACCUCAACACAGCCAUCGUUAAGAAGACCGACAUAGAGGUCAUCUUCGCCAAGUACGGCAAGAUAGUGGGUUGCUCUGUGCAUAAAGGUUACGCGUUUGUUCAGUACAUAAACGAAAGGAACGCCCGAGCCGCCGUGGCAGGAGAAAACGCCCGGAUCAUUGCUGGACAGCCUCUAGACAUAAACAUGGCGGGUGAGCCCAAGCCUUACAGGCCCAAAGGCGGCUCCAAGCGGCCGCUCUCAGCUGUUUACAGUGGUUACGAGUUUGAUUAUGAAUACUACAGGGAUGAUUUCUACAGCAGGCUUUUCGAUUACCACGGCAGAGUGGCCCCCCCACCCAGAGCUGUGAUCCCCCUGAAACGCUCCAGGGUCAUCGCUCCUUCCUCUCGCCGUGGGAAGACUUCCUUCCCUGUCAAAACAUCCUCCUCUUCUUCCUCUUCAUCCUCCAGACCUCCAACAUCAUCCUCCUCCUCCUCAGGUGUCAAAUUGAAGACGGACCAGCUCCAGACCAUUAAACGAGAGCUCACCCAGAUCAAAAUGAAGAUCGACUCUUUACUGGGACGCCUGGAGAAGAUCGAGAAGCAGCAGAGGACAGAAACCGAGGCUCAAAGAAAAUACGAAGACAACUGCGACUCCCUGCACGAGGAGUCUGUGUCGGAGAUGGCAGAAAACUCUGGGGAGGAGGCAGGCGAGGGGGCGCUGGACGUGGAGGCGGGCGAGAUGACCGAUGGAGGGGAGGACGACUACGACGAGGAGGGCAGCCACCAUCUGAUAGAGAACCACGUAUCGGACAUCGACAACUGAGAUAAGGGCGAAGAAGCAAGCUCUCCUGGUUGUAGGUUUUAGAUUUCAUCAUCACCUUCGAGAGGCAGAAUAAAAAGGAAUUUGUGAAACAUGAGGAUUCGGGGACUGUGAGUUGUGUUUUGGAGAUGCCAAGUCGUGUUUGCAGCACAAACUGUUAAAGUAAAAUUUACCCAAGACCUGUUUUAACGUUUUUCUCCUGGAGUUUACUUCAAAAAGCAGCUUAUAUCACACGAAAGCACUAAAGGAAACAGGAAGAUUUAUAAAUAUUUGUUGAUGCUUUUAUGAAAUGUGCUUGCGCUGUAAAAUUACUACUCCUUUCUUUAGGCGUUUUUAUUUCCCAAACAUCAAAUGAAUAAGUGAAGGUAAGGACAAUCUCCGGUCGCAGAGUGGCGCUCAGAAAAUAAAUGAGAUGCCGCCGCCGUCUGCUUUUGGAUUUGGACUCAUGCAUAAGCCAAUAGCUGUGAGCAAAACGCCGUCCAGCUUUAUCCAUUUAUCACACAAGCAUCCCUGUGGGGCUGUUCCACCGCGCAUCUUCGCUCCUGCCAAGUUUCAGAAGCAGCGAGGGCUUCCUGUGGCGGAGCGAGCCAACCCUGGCAGGGACCUCCUGAUGGGGAAGCAGGGCCCCGCUCGGCCCCGUGCAUCCCAUCAUGCACUGCUGCUGUUCUCCCGCUCCAUCGCCGUCAUUUUGCACUGAUUCACAGCAUCUCAUCCAGGCGAGAGAGCGAAGCAGGAGCUUUCAAAAUGAUCAAGGGUUUGUUUUUUUUUUCAUAAGUUUCUACAACGGAGAGUAAGGGCCAAACUAAGAAAAUAAAAAAAUGUAUGUCAGGAGAAUAGAAGUCAUAUUAUUAUGGAAAUAAACAAGAUUAAAGUCAUAGCAUUACGAGAAUAGUAAUAUUACAACUUUAUUCACAUAUUUCAACUUUAUUUUUGUAAAACUGUGACUUUAUUCUCAUGCAAGUUUAUUCUCAGAAUGUUAUUACCUUAAUCUCAUAAUCUCAUGACUUUAUUAUAAUAUUACAACUUUAUUUCUUAUAAUAUUGCGACUUUAUUCUCAUGCAGGUUUAUUCUCAUAUGACCUUGUUCCCGUGAUUUUAUUACUUUAUUCACUUAUUUCAACUUUAUUCCCAUAAUACUAUGACUUUAUUCUCAUAAUUUUACAACUUUAUUCUCAUGCAAGUUUAUUCCCAUAACUUUGACUUUAUUCUCAUAUUUAUUUAUAUUUUUCUUAGUAAUGUCCCAAUACUCCAUUGUAAGUUUAGUGUAUUUUAUUGGGAUUUAACUUGACAGACCAGAACAAUAAAACUUCGUUCUAAAACAUUUAAAUUUCUUCAGCCCAUUUUAAUAUAAUAAACUCUAAAUAGGAUAAAUUAUAACCACUUGUCUGGUCAUUACCGUCGUUUGAUUCAGGUGUGUUGGUGCAGAUAUGAUUAAAAACGGCAUUUUGUUUCCGAGUCAUUCAGCUCUAAAUAAAUUUAGCUGAGCUGGACCAAAUGCAAAUGUGGCUCCAGGGAACUAAUAAAACCAAAGUCAGUUUUUCCAGAAAAAUUUAAUUAUCUCUCUUAGACUGCAGAACUAACUGCAGAUGCUUUUAUCCCCGUCACUUCUGCCACAUUUUUUCCUUUUGCUAAAUUUCCCAGCUUCUUUAGAAACUACAUUUUGUGGCCUUCCUGUCUUACUUUGGGUGACCGACUUCAGGUUUUAAGCGCCGAUGUUUUGUCAGUUUUAGAUGUAUUUACUCUCCAACAAAGCUGAUUCAAAUGUCAAAGUUCUGCAGAGGUUCUGCUACCAACGCAUCAUCUGAUUCAGGCGUUGAACCAGAGAAAGAGCCGAAUCACGCAGGAUACCGGCCCUCGAGUUUGGACGCCACUGCUGCAAACAAAUUAAAUACAUUUAUAUUUUUCAUUAGCUGCAAGACAAAUAUUAUCAAAACUAACAAAUACAGGUUAAAUUAUGUUGCGUUCUUAAAUAAAAUACAAAUUUCUCUUCUUAAAAUGAGAGUAAAAUAGAUUUUUUGACCACUUUGUAGCCAUUACUUUAUUAAAAUAAAAUAAGAGAAGCAGAUGUUUAAACUUUAAAGCAGAAUGUGAAGAAAAGCUCACUUCUCUCUUUCAUAAACAAACCCAUCAGGUGCUGCCAAAAAACCGCUUAAAAUUUCAGAAACUGCCUUCAGCUCAUUCAAAGUCAGUGUCUGUUUAAUAAUGAUAAAGUGUAAUAUUUAGCACUAUUUUUGUAUCCAGGACACAUUUACUGAGGGAGAUCUGGUUCAUGUUUUCUGUAUUUUGUUUAAUUAUUAAGCAGUACGGUGAUGCGUCACAUCUUUUGCAAGUAAAAAUGAUCACACUCACAAAGAAAAGUAAAAAAUAAAAAAAAGGAAACACUCCUUUCUUUCAUCUGUCAUCGUUUAUCUGGGUCACUUUGGAGCGUUUCUGGCUCGUUCGCUUUCGCUGUAAUUAAUCCCAUCCAUGUUUAUUUCAGCCGAUGACGACUUGUAGCAAAGUGACGCUGUGCUGACAGUUUGUUGAAAACUGGCUCGCUCCAGUAUUGUGGGACUUGUAGAGACGUGUAAGUGGCAACUGUUGUAUAGAAAUGUACAUUUUUUUGUAAAGAUAUUUUUAUCAAACGGCAUGUUUACUGUGACUUUGUAUUUUCAGUUUUCAUUAUUACUCUAACUGUUGUGAGGCUGCUGGAGUCGUUGUCCUUGUAGAUAACUUUGUGUUCUUAUUGGUGAAUAAAACUAUCGUGUCCUGUA